AUGGCCCUGCUACUGUGCCUGGGCCUGACUGCGGCGCUGGCCCGCGGCUGCCUGCACUGCCACAGCAACUUCUCGGAGAAGUUCUCCUUCUACCGCCAUCACGUGAACCUCAAGUCCUGGUGGGUGGGCGACAUCCCCGUGUCGGGCUCGCUGCUCACCGACUGGGGCCAGGACACGAUGAAGGAGCUGCACCUGGCCAUCCCCGCGGAGAUCACCCGGGAGAAGCUGAACCAGGUGGCGAACGCCGUGUACCUGAAGAUGGAUCAGCUGUACCAGGGGAAGAUGUAUUUCCCCGGGUAUUUUCCCAAUGAGCUGCGAGCCAUCUUCCGGGAGCAGGUGCACCUCAUCCAGAAUGCCAUCAUCGAAAGCCGCAUUGACUGUCAGCGUCACUGUGGCAUCUUCCAGUACCAGACCAUCUCCUGCACCAACUGUACCGACUCGCACGUCAUCUGCUUUGGCUACAACUGCGAGUCGUCGGUACAGUGGGAAACAGCCGUGCAGGGCCUCCUCCAAUACAUAAACAAGUGGCACAAAGAGGACACGAACACAAGCGAUCGCUUCAUGAAUAAACAUCAGCUGUCCUCCUCCUGCGGGCGCACAGAACCACUCCGGCCUUGUGAGUGGCUCAGAGGCAGGCUUCUGAUAUCGCCAAGUUUCACGUGUCUUGAGCCCCCACACCUGGCCAACCUGACUCUAGAAAACGCUUCCGAGUGCCUGACACAGCACUGAUGGGCAUUGCCUUCGCCAGACCGGCCCCAGCCAGGAGGUGGAGCCAGGACUUGGCUGGACUGUCCCAGCCUGACCCCCUGGAGCAGCUGCUGCCCCCUUCUUCCUCUCCUGUCUGAGCCUGGGGCCCCCGGGAGGGGAGUGUGGCUUUGUCGGGCGGGGUCCCUGAGCUAUUAGAUGCAAUGAUUAAACGUCCCUGACA